AUUUUCGAUAUGAAAAUACCGACCAAUUAAUACGUCGACUUUAUAUUUGGCUGAAAGGUUUAUGAGACUCUACGAGUACUGUAAAGUCAUGGACUCAUGGUAGGAGUAUAUUUCUCCGAGCAGAUGCCUCGCGUCGUCGUCGGCGGCGGCGACCAGUUCAUAGCGUAACGUUCACAACGACUGGCGGAGACAGUGGCAAGAAUAUGCAGGUGAAUAUUCGUGACCGGCACGGGCAGCAUUAUUCCGCCCGCCCAUCCGCUCCACCCGACGGGACGGGACCAGUCACCAGCCUGACCUCUUUGGGCCCGACAGCAUUCCAGGUCCACGGUUAUUCGAAUCCUGCCUGAUUCUCUCCAGAAUAGGCCCACAUUCACAUGCCGAUCCUAUGGGCCUUGCUGCCCGCAUGGCCCAACCGACACAGUUACUUCCCGCGAGCGCCAAUGUCCUCCUCUUCCUCCUGGCCGGCAAGCAAGCCGCGCGCUUUUGCACCACGCACAAGUCACCCGCGCCCAACACUGCACGCGCCCUUCUCUACUACGUACGCCGUCGCCUCACCACGCCACACGCCGCCGCGACCGCGGAAUCGCUUUCGUCCACCUCGCAAAGCCAUCCCUUCCCACCCGUGCACUCGCUUAAUUUCCCCGCGCGCGCGCCGACCCAAUCAACCGUCGAGCUCUCCCUCUCCAUGGCGCAAUAGCGCGCGUGCCCUUAAAACCGGCGCCGUGCCCAUGCAAGAUGCAUACCCCACGCAAGAUUUUCCCGUACAGAAUUCGAGCGAUCCAAGUGGUUAUAGCUUAGCUGUGUGAUCGAUCGAUCCACGCCAUGUCGUCGACGAUGCCGGCGCAGGGCGGCGUGCGGCACCACCGGACGUGCCGCAUGUACUGGUGCUACCAGUGCGGCCGCGCCAUCCGCAUCAUCUCCUACCCGUCCACCGACGUCUUCUGCCCGCGCUGCUUCGGCAGGUUCCUCCACGAGAUCGACCCGCCGCCGCGCCCCGCGCCGCCCCCGCCACACUUCUUCCCGCAGCCUUACCACCCGCACUACGACGGCCACCCGCGCCGCUGGCUCAUAUACGGUGGCGAGGCGCCCCCCGUGGCGGCGCCGGGCCGCGCGUUCCGCCAGCCUGCGCCCGCGGUGCCAGGACGCGCGUUCCGCCAGCCCGGGCCCGCGCCCGCGCCCUCUCCAGCGCCGGCGCCGCCUCGCCGACGCAUGCCGUCCCCACCGCCGGUGGCGCGGCGGCCGUCUACUCCACCGGCCAUCGACCCUGGGAACUAUUUCAAUGGGCCCAACCUGAACAACCUCAUCGAGGAGCUAACCCAGAACGACCGGCCGGGGCCGGCGCCCGCGCCGUCGUCGGCCAUCGACUCGCUCCCGACGGUGCAGAUCACCGGAGCGCACCUGUCCGACGGCUCGCAGUGCCCCGUCUGCAAGGAGGACUUCGAGCUCGGGGAGGCCGCGCGGCAGAUGCCGUGCAAGCACGUGUACCACUCCGACUGCAUCGUGCCGUGGCUCCGCCUCCACAACUCCUGCCCCGUCUGCCGGUACCAGCUGCUGUCCUCCGCCGCCGCCGGGUCCAACGCCAACAGCCGAGCUCGCCGCGGCAGCGCCAACAACGGUGGCGGCGGCGGCGGCGGCGAUGGCCGGGACAGGGAGCAGACGAUCGUGAGGUGGGGGCCCUUCUCGUGGAUGUGGCCGCCGCGGGGGCUCGAAGACCCCGACGACGGGUGGGAGUACGGACGGCGAGGAAGGCCAGAGGCGGGCGACGCCGGCGCAUUCUACGCUUGGUGGCGCUCUCUGUUUCUUUUCUAAAUUUGAAGAUCAUCGCCAAAUAGCAAUCAAAGAGAAAUACCUGUUUGAUCAGUAGAAUGUGUAACGACCAUGGAAAUUUCCGAAAGUUGGUGACAAUGAUGGAUGGCUGAAGAACAUCUGCUGUAAAAGUUGACCAUGUAAAUGAUAGACAUGGCAGUGCAGAAUGUUCCUAUUUGAGCAGACAAUGAAAUUAUGUAAUGCUCAAUGCAACGUUUUAAAGUUUAUCAAACACGGAGAAUAAAUUUAACCGGUGUUUUCCAA